AUGCUCGAAGAGAAGAUCAAUCUGAUAUCCUCAGAUAACAGGUACCUAAAGGACUCGAUAAACAAAGUACUCGACUCUGUCAUGCUGGGACGAGUCACUAAUCUCGGUUAUUGUGAACCGAUUGAAGAGAUCGGUGGCUCUAUAGGAGAUGACGGAAAGGAGGCAUGUCUCAGGCUUCGUUGUGAGUUUGAGCGCCACAAGUUGGAAGUGGAAGAAAAACUUGUUCCCUUCGUUGAGAGGGAGCGAAAUGCUGUCACUGAGAGAGAAAAUCUAGUUAAUUCGCUUGUGAACGAGAAUUUUGUCAUCAAGGACGAAUUGAACCUACAGCGAGGGCUUGUGAACAGCCUCAGGAAACAAGUUCAGUUCCUUCUUUUCCAGAGGCGGCCUCAGAUACACUUUUCAGAAAAUGACGAAUCCUACAUCGACAUGCUGUCCCGCUCAAGCUCGGAGGAGCGGCUCAAUCUCAAACUCUAA